AUGGCACCGCUAAGAGUACCCACGGAGUUCUCGGACUUAAUGGACUUUUAUAACUUUUCGACGCAACAUCCCGAGCGGCAUUUCCGACACAAGAACCAUUCGCGCGAGCAUCUUAGGAACCACGUGGUGGACGCUCUGUCCAGUUCCAUCAUGGAGGUGAUAAAUACGAAAUUCGUUCCUGAGAAUGCUAUUCUGCCGGACAUGGAGCCUCUGUCGACGCACAUGGAGGGUCCGUUGAGUCACGAUCGUAUGAAUAUCACCAUGAACAGAUCAGAUUUCGGUGUGAUCGACGACGAGUUUAUCUACAGACAUAACAGUGCCAUGACAGCGGUGUAUUGCGUGGCCUAUUUGAUAGUGUUCCUCGUCGGACUCGUCGGGAACUGCUUUGUGAUCGCGGUCGUAUACCGUUCGCCCCGUAUGAGGACCGUGACCAACUUCUUCAUAGUCAACCUGGCGGUGGCUGAUAUAUUGGUUAUCGUGUUCUGUCUACCGGCCACGCUUAUGUCUAACAUCUUUGUCCGUAAGUGA